CCUCCGCUGUGAGUGAGCGCGGAGACAGGAAAAGCCUGAGAGAUCAAGCCCCUGUGAAUGGCAGGGUUGACGACUCACGGCUCACGACGGCGAAGAAAACAGGGAGCAGCUCUGCGACACGGCGACAGGCAAAGAAGGAACUUUGCUCUGGAAACAACAGAAGAGCUCACCACCACCACCGCCACCAUCACCAUCACCAUCACCAGCGUCACCACCACCACCACCACCACAAGCGUCACCACCAACGGCUUGGAUAUAUUUCCCUCGCUACAACAACAAGAAGACGACGAAGAAGAAGUUUGAAGCUACUUUUUUUCUUCGUCUUAUAUACUUAGAGAAUCCACUUCAUUCGGUUCCCAGUGUUAUUUCUUGCUACAACAACAACAACAACAGGUGAAAUUUAGGGUCGCUAAGAAAGACGGAAGUCAUCCAUAUCUACCACUACAGCCAUCUAGUGUGUGAGGCUUCUAUGUUGUUCCAACGCUGUGAUUUUAUCCCAGUGCUUUUGCUUCCUACUUUUCUUAACUUAUCUGGAAAGAAAAAAAAAGAAAAACGCUUACCGUCAAUUUUAUUACUAAAAACCAGGGUUACCCAUGACAGUAAGACCAACGUUAUCUCGCAUUAGAACUUUCUUCGCAUUUUUUUCCUGUACAAUAAUAUUCAGUUAUGUACUUUUAACAACAGACAAACAGGAGGAGAAAAACAGAGAAACGAAAAUACUCUUGUACUUCCAGCGGCAACGAAACACAGAGGGAAAAAGAGAGAGGUUUUUAAAAAAAAUAUAAGAAUAUGAACUGAAAUUGGAAACAAGCUAUUUAACCCGCCGAGUCUGAAAAACACAAGGCUGGGAAAUAAUAUUAUUAUUUUAACAAAUCCCUUAUACCUCGAAGGAUAAAAAAAAAACAUCCAACAAAGAACAACUGACCCAGUUUCUGAACCACCCGCUGUGUAUAUCCCGCCGGCUGUGUCUUUGGCUUCCACUGAGCUUAAAACGCUCGAAAAAGAAAAAAAAACCCCAGUGGUCAGCUCGUGCGUGCGUACUUGAGUGCCCCAUCGAGUGAGUGACCAGUCCCCGGCAUUCUGGAUAUCCACCGGCCGAUGUCCGGCAAACUGGGAGUCCGGCCCCCAGGGGAGAGUGUCUGGGCACAGAUGUCCAGUGUGUGUAUCUCGCCUGGACCAAGCCCGCCGGCCGCUGCUCUGGCAGACAUGAUUACGAGGAGCCAGUUCCUGGAAGCGGCCAUCCCGAAAUGCGCGGGUUGUGGUGAGCACAUUUACGACCGGUUCAUCCUGAAGGUGUUGGACAGAGCCUGGCACUCCAAGUGUCUCAAGUGUGCCGACUGCAUGGCCCAGCUCUCGGACAAAUGCUUCUCCAAGGGAGACAAGGUCUACUGCAAGGACGACUUCUUCAAACGUUUCGGAACAAAGUGCGCCAGUUGCGACAAGGGCAUCCCUCCCACAGAGGUGGUGCGCCGUGCACAGGACAAUGUGUACCACCUGGACUGCUUCGCCUGUCUCAUGUGUGCUCGCCAGCUCAACACUGGCGACGAAUUCUACCUGAUGGAGGACAGGAAACUCGUGUGUAAGACGGAUUACGAGGCGGCCAAGGCGAGGGAGUACGAGAUGGACUCCUCCAACAAGAGGCCACGCACCACCAUCACGGCAAAGCAGCUGGAGGCGCUGAAGAGAGCGUACAACGAGAGCAACAAGCCGGCGAGGCACGUGAGGGAGCAGUUGAGCGCCGAGACAGGCCUGGACAUGCGCGUGGUGCAGGUCUGGUUUCAAAACAGACGAGCGAAAGAAAAGCGGUUAAAGAAGGAUGCUGGCAGACAGCGCUGGAACCCUUACUAUCGCCAGAUGAAGAGAGAAGGGGAGGCGGACAGUAGUCUCAGCGCAGAUGAGAGGAGUGAUGAUGGUAGUCUAGACGACGUGGACAGCAACAGCGGGCUGGGAGGGCCCCGGAUGGGUGGAGACGGCUACGCCAUAGAGUCGGACCUCUCUCUGGGGCCCCUGGCUCCGGUGUCACACGGUGGGCCCAACGACGGCCCUGGUCUCGACUCCUGGUCCCCCUACAGUGGACCCCUGGGACCUAACGGACCCCCACCACCGCCCCCUCUCGGCCCGGGCGGCCCCAUGACGGGGAACGGCCCGAUGGGUCCCAAUAUGAGCCCGGGCGGGAUGCCAGGUGGGCCCCAUCACUUCAUCGGCAGGCAUUCUCCAGGGGCGCCUAUUUCCCACUCACAAAUGAUGCCUCUUGACGCUAUGGCGGGAAUUCCCAGGUUACUUCCGGCAGGGGAGGAUAAUUCUCAAAGCUACAUGGAUUAUCCCCCUUCAUCGACGCAUAAUCACGUUGAAGUUUACUGACGUUCGUUGUUUCCUGGAUAUUAAAGAAUGUGUACGUGACAGUUUUUAUAUAUGAUGAUAAGAAAUGUGUUCAACACAAAAAACCAUGUUUAUAUAGACGUUUACAAAUCAAAGCAUAAUAUUAUAAUAUAGUGCUCGAACUAUACGUUGGAGGCAUAAAAUGCAGGAUAUGUGCUUGCAUGUUUCGUUCUAAACACUAAUUACUGUUUAUGUAUGUCAAAUCUGUGAAUAUUGUAUUUACAUGUACAGAUACGUUAUUUUGCAUAAUUUUGUUUUCCCAAAUCAAAGUGUUGUAUAGCCGAAGGCAUAAUAUUAGUCUCUUCAUGCAUUACCUGUUGCUUUUUCAGUUUGUUUGGCAUCUUUUUAGACAACUUUGCUACGUCGACUAGCAUAAUUUAUUGUUUAGACUGUUUUUAUACAAUUUAUUUAUUUCAAAUUUGUUAUUUAUAUGAAAGGACAGUAUGAGAUAUUGCUAUUCUUGAGCAUAAUACUAUCUGCAUGGUGGGGAAUGUCUUUUGUGUGUGUUUGUAUGUGUGUGCAUAUGUGUGUGUGCUUGUGUGUGUGUUUGUGUGUGUGUGUGUGUGUGUGUGU